AUGCGCCUCCACGUCGCUGCAACUCUCUUCUCUGCCGCGGCAUUCGCUGCCGAAAGCAACACGGGGUCGGCCUCUGAAACAUCAAGCCCUGCCGCGGCAUCGGCCAGUGGUUCCGGCGCAUCACACUGCUGCGGCGCUCUGAAAACCGCUGGUCUGAGCAUUCAGUACCCCGGCGAUGAGCAGUACGAAGAGAGAAUCGACUCAUAUUUCUCGGUUGCUGCUCAACUGCGCCCGUGGUGCCUGAUCCAGCCGCAGAACGCUGCUGAGGUCUCCAAGGCCGUCAUCGCCUUGAAAGAGGCCAACAAAACCCAGACAUGCCAGUUUGCUAUCCGCAGCGGUGGUCACACCGUUUGGCCGGGCGCAAACAACAUUGAGAAUGGUGUGACCAUCGACCUUGGCUUUAUGAACACCACUACCAACUUCGGCAAUGGCACUGCCGGUGUUGGCGCUGGCUCACGAUGGGGAUCCGUCUACUCGACCCUUCUCAAGGAUAAUCUCCUCAUUGUUGGCGGUCGCGCCAGCUCUGUUGGUGUUGGUGGAUUCCUGCUUGGCGGCGGCAACUCGUUCUACUCGGCCCGCAAGGGCAUGGCCUGCGACAAUGUUGCACAGUAUGAGCUUGUUCUUGGUAGCGGCGAGAUCGUCUACGUCAACAAGGAUAGCUACCCCGACCUCUUUCCGGCCAUGAAGGGCUCCACCAACAACUUCGGCAUUGUCACUCGCUUCGACCUCAUGACAUUUGAGAAUGAGAAUCUCUGGGGUGGAGUGGUCGCGUAUCCCUUUGACACCGCAUCUCAGCAGCUUGAAUAUCUCGAGGAUUUCACCAACAAGAUUUCCGAGGAUCCGUACGCCUCCAUUAUCGUUAUCAUGAACUACGAUUCUUCCAUCGGUCAAGUCGUGGUUGCAAAUGCCUACGAGUACACCAAGACUAUCGACCCAUCUCCGCCGCCUGCCAUAUUCAAUGACUUCCUCUCUAUCCCCGGCAACAUUUCCGACUCGAUGAGGAUCACCAACAUUUCCGAUCUCAUCGAAGAACUUGAGCAGGCCGUUGGCUACCGCGACGGCUUCAUGACCAUCACCUUCCAGAACGACGCCGAAGUCAUGAAGAAGGCCGCCGAACUUUUUGACGCCAUGGUCAAGAAGCUCAACAAGGACGGCGGCGAUUGGCUCACUCUCACCAUGUUCCAGCCGCUUCCAUCCCUCUUUGCUGAUCUCGGCGUGGAGCGUGGAGGCAACAUGCUCGGCCUGGACCAGUCCGCUGAGAACAACAUCCUGUUCAUGACCUACUGCGGCUGGAAGGGCGCUGAGAAGGACGCCAUGUUCGAAGAUGCCCAGCGCGAGCUCAUCGCCGAGGUGAAGGCCUUCUCAAAGAGCAAGGGCAAGGACCACCCGUACAUCUAUCUGCCCUACGCCUACAAUGACCAGAAGCCGCUUGAGAGCUACCCGCUCCCCAAUAUCGAGCGCAUUCGCGCCAUGGCGCAGAAGUACGAUCCCGAAGGGGUCUUCCAGACCAUGGUUCCUGGAGGCUUCAAGAUCUCCAAAGUGGAGGUCCCUGCUAGCAAUGCGCAGGACGCGGCGGAUGCUCCUUCAAAGGGCACUGAUAAGGAUUCCAAGCGUAAUGAGCUCUAA